AUGGAAAUAGAAGAUCAAAUGGCUGGUCUUGGGGGUCAGUGGGAGAGUGAGGUCUGUUGUAUGGCAAGUGAGAAUUGUAAUGGGGAGAAGGUGAAGACGCCAUAUGAUCAAAGAAUGUUUGCUGAGGCAAGUCCGGUGCUGGUAAUGGCCGAGAUGGAAUCUGUAAACUACAGCUCCAAAUUUAGAGUAAAAGAAAUGGUAGAAGAAAAGAUCAGCACGGAUGGGAUAAAGCUUCAGCUACAGGCCUCAGGACUUGGUUAUUCAACAGAUGCCAGUGAUCAGUUCCAACUUCAAGAAUUUCCUUUGGAGAAGUCUGUCACGCCUGUGAUAAAGGAGGGGCCUGUAGAUUUCAAGUACGGGGAGAAAAGUUUAAUGAUUGACAGGAAACUUUCCAGCUUCAAUCCUUAUGACAUGCAGUGCUGGAUACGGCUCAUGAACAAGAUACAAUGUUGGCUACUGAUGGAAGUUAUUGACAGACAGUCCCUGGAGUGGACUUGGGGGCGAGAGGUUUUCUGGAUGGCCUAUAUUGCCGCCUAUCCCAAGUUUUCUUGUGGCCAAUGGACUCGCUGGAGCCCAAAGAUUUCUCCCGAACAAUCUUUUUUGGAGGGCUGGAUAGCACAGAAGGGCGUGUUAGCUCAUGCAGAGAGAAGCACCAGGCCAGUUGCUAAUGAUAUAGACUACAUAUCAACCAGGGGUGCAAUUUGGGAUAGAUUCCAAGACAUAGUCACUUUAGUUUUCGAUGGCCGUGUGGUUGUUGCGGGUAUUUAG